AUUUAGUGUUUUUGGCAAGAAGGUACCGCUUUCUGUUACUCCUGUUCACAAAAAGGCUGACCGUUCCAAGUCUCCGGCCUUGUGUUCUCCAGAGAGCGAAGAAGGUGAAGAUGGAGUAAUUGUCUCUGAAGGAAUAAUGGAGGAAUAUUUAGCAUUUGACCGCAGAGAUGUGGAGGAGGAGUUGCAUGAGAGGAAGAUGGGUCUGUCCUCCGGUAGACGGAAAUUGGGGUUUCCUCCAAUCUCUCCGUAUUCCUGCAUGAAGGAUUCUGUGCUCACAUUUGUGUUUGAUGAUGUGUGGAGUGAAGUCCUUGGCUGCAUGGAAGAAUUAAUCUGCAGACACUGGGAAGGGUCAGCCUCUGAUGAUGAGAAAAAUAUCAUAACAGUAGAAACAAUCAGAGCAGAUGCUGGAAGCCCUUUGCAGUUUGAUCCUCUGCCAGCGUUGUUACCUCGUGUGCCACAAACUAAAACGCCCUCAGUGACAUCAAAUGUGUGCCCAAAAACCAGAUGUGGCCGCAAAAGCAAAAAGAGGAGAAAACCACCUCAAGUAAAUCUCUCUCAAGGGUCAAGUAGUGGCUCUCAGCGUAAUCUGAAUGGCUUGAUGGUGAUACAUGGGAUCCAGUUACAGCAAAGGAAUCUGCCUGUAAUAGAGAAAACACCGGACCUGGAUGACAAACAGCCAGGCUCCAGUUCCAUUGUCUCUACUAGAGUGUGGCCAAAUCGUCCUCUAGAGCUCAGCACAUCAUCCCUGUCACGUUCCACGAGAAAGCGAAACCCACCACCACGUACCCUGCAUCCCAUCAACACAAGCCACUCUCGUACCGGGACCCCAGGGUCUGUGGACAGUGUCUUCAGGGGAACUCGACUUCUGACGGCACAUGAGCAGCUGACCUCACCCUCCCCACUGCCGCUAAGCCGAAAUAAUCUCCUACCACCUAUUACUACCACCAGUGUGGCAGAGCACGCGAGCACUGCAGGAGCCCAGAGGCAAACGAAAUCUCGGGGGAAGUCAAGUCGAGCUCACAGUGUAACAACACACGAAGAUACCCACCAGCAGCCACAGGAGCGGCUUUUCUUGCCCGAUCAUUUCUCCAGGCCUAACACAACCAACGCAUUCUCGCCAGAUCCACAGCACCGCCGUUCUUGCACUGUUACUGAUUACAGUAAUCGAACUUGGACAAGCAGAGGAUCACCGGGUUCAGGUCUUCGGCUGCACGGUUCUGUGAAAGCCCACAGUCAAAGUGGAUCAGUGACAAAAAGCAAACAGGGGUUCUAA